AUGGGUUCGAUUCCGGGACGCAGGGGUGAAGCAUCGUCGAAGUUGCUCACGGAGUUGCUGUACUGCCUCAAGUACAGCACACUCGGAGGUUCCCAGGAGAACUUGAGCGAGGAGAUACUCAUCUACCUGGAACAGGCGUUCGGCUGCAGCACUGAAGUCAUGCAGGCAGCGCUGGACAGCGUCAAGAAUGCCAAGGCUCCAGUUUUCCAAGUGCGGCUGCUUCUGGGAGGGGCGACCGGGUUGCAGAACAAGAGCGUGGACGGCCCCAGCCGCCCCUACUUGACGCUGUGCCUGGGGGGGCAGGCGGAGGCGAGUGACGCGGGCGGCCUGCAGCGGAGCGCCGUCAGGGAAGGUCCCCAACCCACGUGGAACCAGAACUUCAUCGUUGACCUGGGGAAUUCUGACAGCCAGUCGUUGGUGCUGAACGUAUGGAACCAGCAAAGUGGAAACUCUCUCGUGCGCAUGCUGACCAAGCUGAGCAGCGCAAGGCGCCUUCAUCGGUGGGUGAAGCAGGCUGUGAAGCGUCUCCGGGAGGACCGCACGGCCGGCAAGCUGUCGCGUCGCGACGACUUCCUGGGCCAAGUGUCGCUCCCUCUGCAGGAUCUGCCUCUGCAGUCCCAGGAGUUGUGGCUGAAGCUGGAGCCACGCUCGGACCGCUCGCUCGUGAGCGGAGAGGUCAGCGUCUCCGUGUCCUUCAUCACCAGCCGGCGAGACACACCGCUGUCCGCCCAGGGGGUGUCCAAGGUGGACGUGUUCGAGAAACUUCUCGGCAUCUUCGUCGAGUACGAGCACAGGACGGUGGCUGGGGGUUGGCUGUCGGGGCUGUCCACAGACGCGAUGCGGCUCCUGUCGCUCUACACCUCUCAGAGCGACGUUUCUCCCUUCCAGCAGAGCAUCACCGUGUGGCUGAAGUACGCAAGGAUGCACGGCUGCGGGAGACGCGUGGAGUUCCGCAUCCUGGAAGCCGCUCUGCUCGACAUGGAGAAGGACUGGGACGCACAGAAAGCCUACGAGCGCAUGGCGCACUUUGUGUAA